UGAUGGAACAAUUUAGUAUCUUUUAUGAGUUGUUCACAUGGUUUACUCUCCACAUUUUAGCUGCCUAUUGCUCAUAGAUCAUGCAUUUAACUUGAAAAGACCAAACUGGUGGCAGAACUUGUAAUUUCCUAUGAAGGAGCCAGCUGCAACUUUGUCGGGGAAAGAAUCAACUAAACCCUUGAGAUCAGGUUUGAUAGAUAGUUUGCCUGUUACUCCAAAGACCUUGAACAUAUUAUCUAAAGAACUCCCUGUUUGUGGAAAGCUUGCUGUAUCUUGUAUCAUUAUCUCAAGCAGGCCCUCAGUUUACACAAAUAUGGUCAGUUUUACAACGCAGUGGAAACAUUCGAGGUUACUGCAGAUCAUGGGAGCAUGCUGGAUCCGUUUAUAUAUGUCAUCUGAACCCCGGUGUCCUGUGACACUUCGUGCAAUAAAGAUCAAAGACAGAGAAGUCUGGUAAAGAUCGAGUCUGAGCUGAGGUGUCAUCAUCUGAACUGGAUGGACGCAGCCUCGCAGAGCAUCUUGGAAGUUGGAACCUAGAAGAAGACCGACCUGAAGCUUAACGAGAACUGUACUUGAUCAGCAUUCAGCAGCAUGAUGAUUAGUUGCAGAAUCCCGUCCUGACCAGAGUCUUGCUGCAGGAACUUUACCUGCAAGAAAUUCGAAGGGUGCAUGCACUCCUGAGACAGCUUCACGCCGAGGCAAGAAAUUGCUUGGACAUUCAGAUCGGUAACAAUUGUAGCAUUAGCGAUGGAGAGAUGUAUGGUACAGCCGAGGCAUGUAGGCCCCGAAGGAAACAUUGAUCAACGUAGCAUUUAGAAGUAUAUCUUCUUUUUUUGAGACAGGAAGAGGCAUAUAUAGAGCAAAGCAUCUGGCAUAGUACUAGUAGUAGAGAUUGCAGAGCAAAGCAUCUGUGUUUUGCCUCUAAGAAGUUGUGUCAUGGCUCCACAAAGAGGAGUAGCAUUCUAGUACGUACCGAGAUUCGACGAAAUUAGAUGUAUAACUGGAAACGUUACUUGGAAGUUGUAACUGAAAACAGAGGAUGAUAUGUAUUCUGCCUA